ACUUUAACAAUAGUUGUAACUUAAGAAAGUGAUAUUAUUCUCUAAAAUAGAGUUGGUUUUUCCACAUAUUGAAUUUCCGAUUUCUGUAUAAUUUAAAGUAAGCUGGAAGAGUUACUGUCGUCAGUUCGCCUAAAUUCAUAAGCACAGUUUACACAGACAUAAAAGUUCCAAAAUGGGCGCCAAAAUAUCCUCAAAGAAGCUGCAGCCUAAAACUAUCAACGAACUUCAACAUCACAUUGAUGUAGACUUUACAAAAGAUGAAAUUCAAGAUUGGUACAAAGACUUUGAGAAACAUCUUGGCGAAGGUGAAACUGCUCUUUCAAGGACAGCAUUCAUCAAAGUCUAUAACAGCUUGUUUGACGGUGAUGCUUCAACGUUUGCUGGACAGGUUUUUCGAACUUUCGAUGUAGACAAUAAUAAUAUGGUUGAUUUUAAAGAGUUUAUUUUGGGAUUGUGCAUGUCUGGAAGUACAGACCCAAAUGUUAAACUGAAAUGGGCUUUCAGUAUGUAUGAUAUUGAUCAAAAUGGAUAUAUCUCUCAGGAUGAAAUGAACCAUAUUCUCAACGCUGUAUGCAAAAUGACAAACUGCCGCCUACCCGAAGAAUUUACAUCAAUUGAAAAUAUGACCAAAAACAUUUUUAAUGUUCUUGAUAAAAAUUCGGACAAUCAGAUAAGCCUAGAAGAGUUUAUAGAGGGAGCAGAGAAAAUCCAAUUUGUGAUUGACAUACUCCAGUGUGAUCCAGCUCCAGAUACGUAAACAUUCAAUGAUUUCAUAUUAAAUACUCUCAGGUAUAAAGUGCUUCCAGGACCAAAAAACCUUUAAAGGUUUCUGUGCUGGAUAGGAUUCAUGACCUACUAUCGAUAUUUCAACAAAGAGUCAUGUUAAGUCAUUGUUCUUUUUAGCUGGGACUUAAGCAUUUAUCUAUUGGUCUCCGUCUUUAGGCACAAUGAAUUUGCAUUAAAAACUAAAACAUAACACAUUAUGGAAAUGAUGUAGAAAAAGAUAUUUAGUAUCGGAUUAAACUUGUAACAACAGAAAUGCAUUCAUAAUAUUCUUUAAAAAUACAAGUCCUAGAUGGAAAUGAAAUGUUUUGGUCAUUUUGUUAUUUUAGCAUCAAUGUAGAAUAAAGUUAUUAUAGUAAGGAAAAUAUACUUAUAUAUAUAUAUACUAUCUUUGUGA